AUGCGAAUAGGGGUCAGCACUGAAAUCACAGAUAAGGGAAAUAAUGAGGCCAUCAGUGACAAAUGCACUGUCAAAGUCAGACACAGGCUCACAGAGGAAGUGUUGCUGCUGGAGGAGGUGGGGGUGACGGGGGUCUGGCCUCUGUGCUGCACAUGUGCCCCUGAACCACAGCCUGUGCAUGGGGUCAGCUCAAGUGCGCGACCUGGCCGUCUGCUCGCUCUGAGCCAGGUCAGAUCCCCCCCACAUCUCCUUUCCUCUGCCCCAGCCAUGUGCACCCUCCCUCCCCAAGCACUCACAGACAUACAGUACAAGUCCUGUCCCAUCCCUCACUUGGUGCUGCAUUCAGGGCCAGCUCGGGCGCCCCAGUAA